AAUCUCGUUUAUUGUGUGACAUAACUAGAAAUUGUUACAUAGAUUCAGGAUUAAGGGGACUAACACCUGAAAAUGCUGGUAUUCUAAGAGGGUAUGUAAUACCUCUUUUGUGUUAGGAAGUGUUACUUUGGAAGAACUGAUCAAAGUAGUUGUUGAAAACAGAAAGUGGAUCAUUUAAUUAUCCCAGUGGGUGACACCGCAGAGUGAAAAAUCUGUCCUAACCAUGUAAAUUGAUGAAGUUUUUACCAUGCUGCUGUUGUCUGGGCUUUGUACAGUGUUCAUUCUUCUGUAUACUACACAGGAUAGUCUUGGAUUUAUGUUUCAAGAUGGAGUGGUUGUUCCCAAUGACCCAUAUGUCUACAUUGGAGAUGAUCUUGUUCUGUCCUGUAACCUGACCAAGCCAUUAGAUGAGGACUCCAAGUCCAUGUACUUCACGAGGAACAGGAAUGAAAUAAUUCCCUCUCAGUAUGUCUCAAUUGUCAACUCUCGCAGCAUUAAACUACGAAUGCCUAUCCUCUCUCCAGAAGACAGUGGAAACUACAUCUGCAAAAUCAACAAGACCAAGGGGCGGACAGAGGUGAUUGGAUGGCAGGUGGUCAAGGUUGAAUAUGAACCACAGAGGGUAAAUAAGGAUGACAUCAACUGUCGGGUUUUCAACUGGGAGAAAAUGAAUUGUACGUGGAAACUUGGUGUGGAUUAUCUCCACAUGGAGGAUAUAAAAGUGGAGCUAGUGUGGGCAGUGGCCUCAGAUAACAAGCAGUAUGACUGUCCACAGCAGACAAAUACUUCCUGUGUUUGGGUUUCGGACAACAGUAAAGACCGUCUACGGUGGAACAUGCCAUACAGUAUGGGAAUCAUUGUAAAGAAUGAGAAAACCGCCGAUCAAGUCAUCACAACUUUCAAUCAGAACACUGAGUCUAUUGUUCAGCCAGACAGUGUGACAGACGUGGAUAUCAAUCCUAAUAGCACAUGUAUGAACAUCCAAUGGAAUCACUCUGACAAGAACAACCGCAAACUCUACAGAGUUCAGUAUAAAUCCCAAUGGAUGGAGGCAGCAGAGGAAAUUGAGACAGAGAAGGAAUUUGUAGUUAUUUGUAAUUUAAAACCUCACACGUGGUACACAGUGGAGAUCCAAGCUCGACCCCUGACCUCCCGUGGCAAAGUGACAGGGUUCUGGAGUGAGGUUGUGGCUAAUAUGGAACUAACAAAAGAAGAUGUGCCAUCCGGAGCACCUGAUGUGCGUUUGGGAAGUUACGCUGAAUAUCCUUGUGGCUUGAGAUUUUGUAGAAAAAUUAUUGUUUACUGGAAGCCUGUAAAGAAAGACCAAAGCAAUGGUGAGAUUUUACACUACCAUGUGACACUAAAGGAUCUACAAACAGGUAUAUCAAUUCCUAGAAGCAUAGGCAACGUUACUAACCAUGAGUUCAGUGUAGACAUCAACCAUGCUUAUGAAGUCCAAAUUAGAGCUGCUACCAAAGUGGGCACGUCAGAACAUUCAGCGUUGGUCUACAUUCCUUCCCAGAACAAAGAACCUGAGCAUCCAGAUGAGUUUUUGGUAGAACGGUCCAAUAUUGAUUCAGACAAGGAGCAGAUUGAUAUCAGCUGGCAGCAUCCCUCUUCUCUAGGCCCCGCCACCCAAAUUAUGUCAUAUACCCUGUUCUGGUGCCGAGGGGCGCACCUCAUCCAAAACUGUCAGGAACCUAUCAGCUGGAAGACUUUGCAUCCCAAUAAUACACGUCACACAAUUCAAGUAGACAAAAAGUCUGUGCAUAAUAUGUUGUUUGGGAUUUCUGUGGAAGUCAGGUCUCCUGGCUCUAGUUCUCCUAACUGGACAAGUUCUGGGAUUAAAUGGAAUAACUGCAUCUAUGAGAAAAAUGGCAAACCACUAAUAGCCCCUAAGAAUUUUCAUCUGUCUCCAUACAGUCCUGAGACCAGUAUAAAAGUAGAGUGGGACCCAUUUCAGUGUCAUGAGACUGCUGGUUAUAUUAGGAAAUACAAGAUAAACUACUGCAUGGCUGAAACAUCGGGAAACUGUACAGGAGACAUAUUCAAUGUAACUGUGUUGGGUAAAGAACACUCUACAGUUGUUCAUGAUCUAGAACCUGGAUCCACCUACAGAUUUCUGAUGGUAGCUGAAGCAGAGGGUGGGUUUGGACCAAGCACAGACCCAGUGUAUACUACUAUUCCUAUAGCAGUUUUGCAGACAGAGAAGAUAGUGGUUAUUAUAAGCAUAGUCCUGGCUGUGUUUGCAUUAACCUUAUGUGGAGUCAUCAUAUGUAUAAGGAGAUGUUAUCACACAGUAAAGAGUAAUCUACAGCCGUAUGAUAUUGUCAUACCUAAUGUUCCUCUCCCACCUGUGAAAGUCCCAGCUUCAAUGCAAGAGAGCUCAUUUCUGGAACCUGACUUUCCAGUUCCAUUCAUCCCCACAAAACCCUCACUGAAAAGUAAAGAGCCCCGCGAUAAGGAUGAUGAUGAUGAUGAUGACAGCAUUUACGCCAAAAUCAAUGAACCAGAUUCCCGACCCUCCUCACCAGGAGAUGGCGCUGCUAAUGUUCCUCUUCUUAUUAAGAGCAAUGACAAUAGCUCUCAAGUAAAGGCACAAACAUUUGAUGAUGGAGUCAAUUUAUUUAAAAAUAAUGUUUACCUGGCUGAUUCUAUUAGAAGUGGAGUAAUGAACAGUGCUGAGACACUACUGUGUCGACUGCACCCGUCACAUAUUGCUAUGUACUCUUACAAUGGUGGGAAGCUCCUCCCUAAAGUCAAAAACAUGGCACCUGAAGAAAUGAAUCCAAUUUCCAAGAAUCGAACAAUUGACACAGCAGCCUUAGCUGCUUGUUCACCAUAUGGUUGUGUGGAUGUGACUGGUAAAGCCUACUCUGAAAAAGACCUUUGUACACACAGUCUCACUCACAGUGUAGCACCAAGGACAUGUGAUUCUCAUAAUCUUACAAAUGACUUGUCGGGUUCAUCACUGGGUAGAAAUGGUCAUGUGAUUAACAGUGCCACAGAUGCAAGUGAAAACUACAACAUACGAUUGACUCUUGACCGACGAAAAAAGCCUGAAAACUUCACUGAAAAUAAUAUUCCAUUCAAUUUGCACAAUUCUUGUGUAGGAGAUGAAAGGUUUCAUGUAAAUAACCUUGAGGACACUUUUGACAUGAAUGAAUCAAAUUACCUUCUAGAUAGUAGCCAAAGCUACCCAAUCACCUCUUACUGUAAAGCAGAACCUGACCCCAAUUUGUUAAUGGAACCAAAAUUUUCAAAUGACCUAAAUAUUCCCAGAUCAGGAAUGAGUGGAUAUGUGGACUACAAUCAGUAUAACAUCCAGUCAGGUAUUCCUCCAAUGACUGACUAUGUUACAACCAGUGCUAGUGAGAGACUCAUGAGAAAUUCAAAAGGAUCUGGUAACCAGUUAAAUGUGAUGGCGGGUACCAGACCAGUGAGUGAAGUAAUUACUGUACCGCCUCAUUUCUAUGGCUCUUUAUCUCUCCUGGAUGAUGAUGGUGAAGUGACAGAGCUUUAAAUCUCUUUAAUGAAGAGAAUUAAGUUACUGAGCUUUAAUCACCUUGCUCAAUGAUGAUAGUUAAGAUAUAGGGCUUAAUUCAAAUCUCCUUGAUCUGACAGUGGUGGUAUUAAAGAGAUUUUAAUUUCAUGAAUAAUGACAUUGAGAAUGUAUAAAUCUGGAUGCUAAUUUGACAUUAUGGAGCUUUAUAUUUCCUGAUUGUGUCCAAGUUGCAAAGUUUAUAUCUGUAUAGUGGAAUACAAAGAAGUAACUUUUAAUUUCUAAACAGUCGUGUCAAAAAUCUAAAGAAUGCAAAUUAAUGCAUUGUCACAUGAAAGUCCAAAUUGUUUAAGUCUGGUAAAAACCUUGGCUUGUGUGGACAUUGAUUACUUCUUGUGUUUUCAGUAUGAUGGUACAGUUAGGCUACUAGAUUAUUGGAUGUGCUACACCUUGAUUCUUUACAUUUGCAAAUGAUCGAAUUACUAUACAGUUUUAUAAACUGGAGUGUCAAUAAAGUAUUCAUAUUAAGCUAAUUAGUUUCUGCUAAAAAGUGGAAAAAUUUCAUAGCUAAAACAUGAACUAAUGUGCAAUUGAUAUUAUAUUGUAAUAAUAAUAUAUGCUGUAUCAGUGUUUGUGGUAAUUAUAAAUUGUUUCAUAUUUUGCAUUAGAUGCAUUCCAUAUACAUGUACAUAUAUAUUUCCCUUUUAUGUUUCUACAUUCUCUAGAAUUUGAAGUGGUACAAUGUGAAAAAUUUAUAAUCACCAACAACUACUAGUAGUCUUGAUGAGUCAGCCAAAUUUUCAGAUCAAUGUAAAAAUAUUUUUUACUGUAUAAUUAGUUAUUUUCCUGGGGUCAGAUUUUAGAGGUUCAAGGAAAAAAUUAUUGGUUCAUUUCAGGGGAUUUAUUUCAAGGUUCAAAAGCAUUUAGUUGUUAAUAUUUUGUGGAGAACAUGAUGUAUAAGUUUAUUAUACCAUGAAAACAUAAAAAAUUAAACCCCAACGAAAAUUGCAUGUGAUUUAACAGUAAUUCAGUAACAUUCUAUGAAUUGUAUUUUACACGUUUGCAUGAUGUUAUCAUAAACUUUUCUUUAAUUCCUUUGAUAUAUACAUAUUUUUUGUUUGGGAUUGUUCUUUUUAGCACUAAACUGUAUUCACUGCCAAAUUAGUGUGUACUCAACCUGAGUGAUAAGGCAUAAUUUAAAUUUCCUAGCUAGUAACAAGAAUUUUGUUGAUCUUCAUAUUCACAGUGUAAAUUAUUUUGUACAUUUCAAAGUCUUCUUUUUUUUUCAUUUCCAAAUAUAUUUUUUUUAACGAAUAUAUAAUAAUGUUAUAAUACAUACUGUUUGAAGUGCUUAUGUAUCUAUGUUUUUGCUUUGGGAUUUUAUUCUUUUGUGUUUUUCUCUCUGCUCUGCAACUUGUGUUUGUUGACAAAAACAACUGCAUGAUUAAGUGCUUAGGACUGGUUUAGAUAAUCCCGACAAAGAUGCUUCAUAUUUGAGCUAGAUUAAAUGCUUAUUGUAGUGCAGCAAGACUGGAGAGAAAUCAGACAUAACCUUUAAUGAGAGCACUGCAAUGCUAUGUUUUAGCAUCUUUCUCCAUGUGUCUGAAAGUUGUGAUAUAUUUAAUUCAAAUUUGCAUAAUACAUGUAUAAAUAAUGGUGCUUAUUGUGGUUGUCUUGGUUUACUUUGAUGACACAUUUAUGAAAUUUUAAAAUCUCCAUGUAGAAUGGUUACUGAUACAUAUACCCUGUGUUUAACAUCUUUGAUUCCCAGGCGAAGCCAAAUGGAUUACUAUUUACAUUUUUAUGUUUGUUAAUCAAAAGUAAUAAAGCCAUUUCCUUGCACAUUAACAUUCAUAGGGAAGGCAUAUUUUUCACUCAUAAAACAAUUUUGCAACUAUUUCUAACAUUUUUAAACAAAAAUAUUUUUAUGUUUGCACCAAAUAUAAACUUUUUAUGCAGUGAAAUCAUUGUAUUAUAUUAAGUAAGUUCAUAAGGUUAUUAUAAUUUUUUAUUUUAAGCAGUCUAUCCAAUCAAAUUAUCCUGAAUGCUUAUUAGGGUUCUUUAAUCAGCUUAAAAUUAGUGAGUUUUAGUGUAAAUUAAAUUGAAUUAAUGUACAUGACAUUUUAUAUACAGUUGAAUCAUUGUGCUUCAUCAUUCCAUGACCAAUGACUUGUAAUUUAACACUGGUUGUGAACCCAUAUCAUUGCUCAAAUUGUAUGAUAUCAAAACAAUUUUUUCCAGGGUUUGCUGGCUUUUAUUUGUAUUAUACCUGCAUAUAUAAUUUGUAUUCAAUAAUUUAUCACUUGUAAAUUUUUUGGCAGCAAGAUUUAUGGAUUUACAAUAUUGUCAAGUUUUGGUUUCAAUUGACCAAAUGAUUUGUGAGUCUCACUGUUUUGUUUUACAUUCCUGAAUAAAGCAUUUCCAAUCUUUUGUAAA